CUGGGUAAUGGCCGCUCUCAAUGUGUCGUGCAGGGUUUAUGCACUUCUCCGGUAAAGAAAAUUAAGAAUCCUCUCAACCGAUCGUUCAUUGUUUGAGCGCCGUCACCCUGAGGAAAGAGAAACCGGGUGAUUCCAUACACCGAGACCCUGUCUCCCAAGACUCUGUGGCUUGAAAGGUGACCGACUGUGUUUUAAUACGCGAUCUGCGGGUGUUUUGCAGGAGGGAGCGCUUUAUUGUUGUACGAGAUUUUAGCCAGUGUGUAGUGAAGAAACGACAUGCAACUCCUUAACUCGCGAAUAUAGAUUCAGAAAGUAACGUACGAGUUAUGUAAAGGCAGCUUCCGUGCGUUAAGUGGUGUGAUCGUGCGGGAAAUGUCGGAAACUAUGUGGUGUUUUCUUGUGAGCGGGCAGAAUCGGGCCUGUUAGCCGCUUCGCCAUCAACGAGCCGUCCCGUUUGGCACAUUGACUAAAGAUUAAGCGGAUAGUAAGACAUGUGUCAGUCACCCCUCUCAUGAAUCGAUUGCCUUAAAUCUGAGAAGAGUUCUUGCCAAUGGAUACACCUGAGAGCCCCACCCAGUCCCCCCAAUACCCCGAGGAGGAGGAGAAGGGUGUCUCAGACAGCGAGCUGCUGGAGUCACCUGAGUCACCAACAGAAGAAGACAAGGGAGUGUCGGACAGCGAGCUUCUGAAUGAUGACGAAAAUGACACUGAAGAACAAGUUGGUGGAUCAGACUUGGACUUCGAUGAUAGAGACAGGGUUGCAGCUAGUGGAGAAGAUCCAGAAGAACUUUCAGACCAGGAGGACUACAAGAUGGACCGGGAGGAGAAAGAAGACGGCCACCAAAAAGACCGUGGUAUGACGUUUAGAGGAAGAAGGCAGAACGUUAGCCAGUCUCCUGAGGAGGAAAUUCUAGACACGCCUAGAUCACCGGACCCUGAGUCACCUGGACCAGAACACGAGCGACCUUUCACCCCAGCGGAGGAGGAGAGGGAAGACACCAGAGUAGAAGAUGAGGAGGAUGACGAUGGGGUUGAAGAAGCCACCAAGUCUGGCCUUGGUUGUGCCGAGCUGGAGGAAGAGGAUGAUGAGGAAGAGGAGAGGAGGAGGAGAAGGGCGGCGAUGGAAGUGAGUGAUUUGAAGGAUGAAUCUUCCGUAUCUAGAGAUCUGGAUGAACACGAGCUGGAUUAUGAUGAGGAGGUUCCAGAGGAGCCGAGCACUGCUGCUCCUGAGGAGGACGACGCAGAGAAAUGUCCUGCUGGGGAGGAUGGAGAAGAUGAGGAGGAAGAGGAUGAAGAGGAGGAGAAGAGGAGGAGGAGGAAAAAGGAGAGGAAACCUAUUCUGCCUCCAGAUAAUAAUGACACGCAGAUGAAAAAGUAUGAGGACUCCAGGGAGAGAGGCAGAAGAGAUUUGUUCCGUGAUAAAAAGAAAGAUGAAGAUGAUGGAGAGAUUGAUGAGGGAGAGAUAGACGACGAUGACCUGGAAGAGGGGGAGGUGAAAGACCCCAUGGACAGGAAGAUCAGACCCAGACCCAUCUGCAGGUUUUUCAUGAAAGGAAACUGCACAUGGGGCAUGAUCUGUAGGUUCAUCCAUCCAGGAGUCAAUGAUAAAGGCAACUACUCCCUCAUCUCCAAACCAGACCCUUUCUCCCCAAAUGGAGCACCUCCUGGAGGAGGAGCACCUCACCCCCUCAUGCCUGCUAACCCCUGGGGAGCCCCUGCUGUAGAGGAGUUGCCUCCCCCUCCCCCUCCUGCAGAUCCUCCGGUGGAGAGCGCCUGGGAAAGAGGCCUUAGACAUGCCAAAGAGGUGUUGAAGAAAGCCACCAUCCGUAAAGAGCAAGAACCCGAUUUUGAGGAGAAACGCUUCACCGUAACCAUAGGUGAAGAUGAUCGAGACUUUGACAAAGAAAAUGAUUUCUACAGGGAACGUGGCUAUCGCAUCACCAGAGAGAUCAGAGAACCUGGUGAUUUAGAGUUCAGAGAUCCAGGUUAUGGUGACCCAUAUGGCGACCCGUACUACGAUUAUGAUAUGGAGCCUUUUUGGCGAGGAGGCCAGUACGAGAACUUCCGAGUGCAGUAUACUGAGACUCCAGUGCCAUACUACCCUGACCGAGAACGGGAGAGAGAUCCUCGCGAGCGCCACCGUGAGAGAGAACGGGAGCGCGAGAGAGAUCACCGUGAGCGGGAACGCAGGCAAAGAGAGCGGGAGAGGGAAAGAGAGCGGGAGCGAGAGAAGGAAAGACAGCGCAGGAAGGAAGAGUGGGAGAGGGAUCGUCUGAAACGGGAUGAAAAGGAGGGAAGGCCAAGAGAGCGCCCUCCCAGAGAGCCACGGGAGAAGAAGGAUGACAAGGAGAAGCCACUCAAACCGCGUUCACCCACAAACAUGCCACCCAGAGGGCCAAUGGAGCCUCCACCUAAGAAGGAGAUGAUGCCCCUGCCAAAGAGGCCAGAUGAAUGGAAAGACCCCUGGCGCAGGUCAAAGUCUCCUAGGAGAAGGCCUGGUCUCAUGGGCUCCCCACCACGUGGCCGUAGGCGACAUAGACCCUCUGGAUCUUCUGUUUCUCUUUCCAAUUCCUCUAGGUCUUCAUCCCGGUCCUCAACAUUCACAGGGUCUGGCUCCUCCCGUUCUCGACCUCAUUCACGUUCGUCUUCAAUGAGUUCCUACUCAAGCCACUCUUCUCAGCACAGCUCUUUCAGCGGAAGCCGCUCAAGAUCCAGAUCCUUCUCUUCCUCACCUUCUCUGACCCCAUCAGCACAAAGAAACACUAAUAAGAACAAAGUGGAGCAGCCUCCUGGUCCAACGAAAGGCCACCUGUUGAAGCCUGGUGCACUGCCCCCUCCUCGCAGGGAGAAAGGACCCCCCAAAAUGACGCCCAGCCCGUCACUGCCUGCACAAACGGGGAAGCCACCCAAGCCCAUUGUGGAAGUGGGAAAGCCCCCCAACCCCCGUCCAGGUGGGAAGCCGCCUGGACCCAGAGAGCCAAGAGAACCGCCCAAUAUGAGAGAAGGACGCAAGAAAGAACGUCAGAAGCUCAACCCACCUCGCAGGCAAACUGUGAGUGUAAGUGGGAGCGGCAGCAGUUAUUCUGGCUCCAGCUCACGCUCAAGGUCUCGUUCCUCUUCAGCCUCGCACUCUCUGUCCCACUCCAGAUCCCACAAGUCUCGGUCUCUGUCGGUCAGCAGUGUGUCAUCUGUCUCCUCCGCCUCCUCCAGUAGCAGCUCGGUCCGGAGUGCUGACUCUGAUGACAUGUACGCUGACCUGGCCAGCCCUGUGUCCUCUGCCAGCUCCAGAUCACCCACUCCUGGCCAUGCCCGCAAGGACAGAGGCCCUCCGCGGGACAGGGGCCCCAACAAAGACAGAGGAAAACCCCCAAAGAAGGAUGAGCCUUUAAAAGACGAGAGGAAGCGGGUGGACCCCUCAGAUCUCCCACCCAAAACCAGCUCUGGCAUGCCUAGAUCUGGGAACAGGGGACACCCUAUGCACCCGCCACCCAUGGGUCCUCCAGGAGGAUAUGGGUCUCACAAGGACAUCAAACUCACCCUGCUUAACAAGCAGCAAACAGACCGGGGCAAUAGGAAGAGGUACUUUCCUGCUGAUAAAGAGCGACCCCCUUCUCCUCUCAGCAAGAGGAUAGCACUGUCCCCUGACAGAGGGCGAGACAGGAGGAUGCCUGGGCGUCCCCCACUCUCUCCCAGAAUGGAUCGGCCCAAAGGCCAGGGUCCUCGGCCUAUGCCACCACCAGGAGAAAGAAAACGUCCUUUGUCUCCACCACCCAAGUCCUCUGGAAAAAGUCCUGCUGCCAUGUCUGCGGGUAAACCUCCUGCACCUGUGGCUGGAUCUGGGCCUGGAUCGUCCUCUAGUUCCGGUUCAGGCAAGCCGAGCAGCACCCUUUCUCGCCGCGAGGAGCUGCUAAAACAGCUGAAGGCCGUCGAGGACGCCAUAGCCCGCAAAAGAGCCAAAAUCCCUGGGAAAUAAACCACCAUGUCAGCUUGGCCUCGGCCAGCUUCUGGGACAUCUUAUUUCUCGAUGCCCAGCAUUUGCCAGAAAUGGGGAAACUGGUCACUGUUCUUUAACUCACAGGGCAUCACAUGCAUGUCCAGGGGGGAAAAGGAGACCACCGUUACAUUUCUGCCCAUUUUGCCCUCAGAGAGAGGUUGUCUAGAUUUUAUAUUGAUGUGUUAAAGUUGAGAAAUGUUCAUCUUCACUUUGUUUUUGCAGGAAGAUGGAAUCUUUACUGUAGUGUCUCAAAGAACUGUGUAUAUCCAAUGCAUACUUUUGCUCCCCAUCCUCCCCCAAACCCUUUACUCUUCUCUCUCAUAUUCUGUUUGCUUUUUCUAUUUGGCUCUAUUUGGAACCUCAUAUUUAGCAAAGUCCACCUUAACCAUGAAUUUGUCUAUCAGCCUGUAAAUGUUAAGCAUUUCGUGACUACUGUUUCUCACUAUGUACAAAUAUUGUUAGCCACAACAGCUGUUUGCUUCAAGUGUAUUAUUCUAGAGAACCAAUGACAGUGAUGUGAAGUAUUGUUUUUAUAAGAUUCUGCAUUGCCCCCAGCUUUUCAAAUGAAAACUUGCAUUUUAUUUGUCCCUCAUUUUUAGUUGAGAGUGUGAGAGGCUGCAAUGGGGACACCUGGAGAUAAGAAAAAAAUUCUGUCUUGCUUUUUGUGAAAGAAAAAAAGGCUUCUAAAUAAACUAUUUUGAUAAAGAGAAUAAA